AUGUUCAGAAACUUGACUGCCCUUCGCAGCCUGUGGCUAGACGGCAAUAACCUGACCUUCCUGCACCCAGGGACCUUUAGCGCGCUGAGCAGCUUGCGGGAGCUGGACCUUCGCGGGAACUCGAGGCUGACGUCUCUGCACGCGAACACUUUCAGAGGACUCUUGAACCUCGCCAGCUUGGAUUUAUCCUUCUGCAACAUCUUUGAAAUCCACCCGCUGGUGUUUUCACACCUGCCCUCCUUGCAAGUGCUGGACCUGGGCUCCAAUAACAUGCGUUACAUCCCAGAAGCCUUCAGGAGCUUACCCAGCAUCACAAGGCUCAGCCUGGCCAGCAACCACAUCGAAGCCAUAGGCAGAGACUCCCUGAAGGGCCUGAAAACCCUCUACGAAUUGAACCUCCGCAAGAAUCCCAUCUGGAUCAUUCAAAGGGACGCAUUUACGGCGCUGAGCGGGCUGGGCGUGCUAAAUUUAGGACACAACCUUCUCUCUGAUUUGCCUAAUCAGCUUUUCAAAGGUUUGAUCCGGCUCAAGACAUUGCACCUGGAAGCCAACAGACUCACCAGGGUGGGCUGCUCCUUGAACAGCCUGCCCUGCCUGCGGACGCUGUACCUGAACAACAACCGCAUCGCCUACAUUGCUGGCUCGGCUUUCUCCCACCUCAAGCAGCUGCAUUUCCUCCACUUGAGCAAGAACAACCUAAGCUACCUUCCCAGUCCCGUGUUUUCCGGGACGGUGAAGCUGAGAUACGUGUUUCUGUCUCACAACCCCUGGAAUUGCGACUGCAAAAUGCUUUGGUUCCCGCAGUGGAGAGCGACGUACAAAGGGCUGGUGGAGGGGCUACACUGCGCCUUUCCAGCCCUCCACAACAGGACCCUGCUCCACUUUGUCGGUCAUGAGAAAUCACCUGGUUGCUUAUUAUCGUCGGGGCCGGCAGAAGAUAGCACGUGUACGGACAGCAACGCCAGCGCUGCUUCUCGCCCGCCGGCCAUUUCCGACACCCUGCCGCUGGUCUUGCUUGCUUGGUGCCGUUGGCACUGGGCAAGGAUGUAG